UUUGUCCUUGGCAAAAUGUCUCGGCGACAAACUUGCAUUAAACUCAUUACAAUAUGCAUAAAUCUAGAACAUUACACGAUUUUCAAGCAAGACGCGAGUGACUAACUUGUUUGUGAGAGUGAAGAAAGAUAAACAAAUUUCUGAAAUCUGAUACUUUGCAAAAAUGGGUUAUAUUUCAGAUUCAUUCACGAACGACAACCGAUUGGACUCUGACUUUCGUGAUGAUGAACCAGAUUUCUUCAGACCGGAGACUCCAUCGUCGUCUUCGUACUCGGUGGAGUUCUAUUCUCCAUUCUUUUUGCAAAGACAGGCUGGAAAUACGUUCUCAUUUGUUGAAAAUUUUGCGGAUAAAGCAGCAAAGAUGGAUACGACUCAAAAUUCCAUAGUUCCAGACGAUAAUCAGAGUGAUUUUUCAAGUUAUGAUGACAUUCCGUCAACAAUUUCCCUUGUGCGACCGGAAAACGGUUUACGUAACGUUAUUCAGAACACAACCACAACAAUAAAUCAAUUUUUCGAAAAUCUUAUAAAUCAAACAGCCGAAAUUGGAAAUGUUACUUCAAAAAAUGGAGAAUUAUUGGAUAUAAAUUAUGAUUCUUCUACUGAAGUUUUGCAGACCAUUCUUAACAACAAAACUGCAACAGUGCUCGUUCAGAAUCAUGCAUUUGGGAAAUUGGACGCUCCCGAGUAUGCCGUUUUUGGAGGAAUUUUGCUGCUGUCCAGUCUUAUCGGAAUAUUUUAUGGGUGUUGUGCUAAAGGACAGAAAUCUACGGCAGAUUAUUUAAUUGCAAAUCGUCAAUUGAACACAAUUCCAGCCGCUCUUUCCCUCUUGUGCAGUUUCAUAUCAGCAAUAACGAUUCUUGGAAAUCCGUUAGAAAUUUAUUUUUACGGAAGUUCCUACAGUUUGAUUGUGGUCACGUUUAUCCCCUUAACACUGACCUUGGCGUUCUUCUUUUGCCCUGUGUUUUUCAACUUGCAAUUGACAUCUGCAUAUGAGUACUUUGAGCUACGAUUUAACAGAACAGUUCGAACUGUUGUUUCAACGGUUGGGAUUUUGCACUAUGUUGUAUACUUAUCCAUCGUUGUGUAUGGACCAGCUUUAGCUAUUGGUCAAGUGACGGGAAUCAAUACAAGAAUUUCUACUGCAGUAAUUUUUUUAGUUUGCAUCUUCUAUUCGACACUGGGCGGUCUGAAAGGCGUAAUUGCAACGGAUGCACUUCAAGCUAUCAUAAUGAUUGGCUCUUUGGUGACCAUCGUGUGCAAGGGGACGCAGGAUAUGGGCGGAAUCGUCGCAGUUUGGAACACUGCGGAAAAAUAUGAACGUACCAAUUUCUUAAAUUUUGACCUUGACCCACGUACGAGACACACACUUUGGACCGCAGUGAUUGGAGGAUAUCUGCAAUGGUUGCCAAACUUUGCGGCUACUCACGCCCAAGUGCAGCGUUACUUAUCAAUGCCUUCUCUGGCGAGUAUUAGACGAGCUCUAGCUUUAAAUCUACUGGGACUAAUAUUGAUAUUUGGCCUAUGUUAUUGGGCUGGAAUGAUUUUAUUUGCAAAAUACCACGACUGUGAUCCAGUUAUGACGGGGGCGGUUACAAGACCGGAUCAGCUCCUCCCACUUUUUGUUAUGCAAUCCAUGGGAAAGUAUCCAGGGUUGGUAGGAUUGUUCAUUUCGGGGUUAUGCUGUGCUAGCUUGAGUUCCGUGUCAACUGGACUAAACGCCUUGUCAGCCAUUUGUACGUAUGACUACGUGCGAAAUUGGAUGCCACUUUUGAGUGACCAAACCCUGUUAAAAUUUUCAAAAGCAUUCUGCGUUCUUUUUGGAUUGAUUUCAUUUGGACUGGUGUUUGUGGCUGAAAAUCUUGGAAAUAUUUUACCGGCAGCAUUCUCUAUCGCUGGAGUCGUCGUUGGUCCUACGCUCGGGGUCUUUACGCUCGGAAUGAGUUUCCCUUGGGCGAAUUCUAAAGGCUCAUUACUCGGACUCUUAUCUGCAUUUUUCAUCAUGAUAACCCUCGUGAUUGGGAACCAGCUCGCCGCCUUUGAAAAACUUCUCCCAGAUCAGACCCUUCCCGGCUUGAGCACUGACGGAUGUCCGGUUGACGUCGCUGUGAACUUUCUCCAUUCUAAUUUAUCCGUGUUCUUAUCCCAAAACCAAAGUUUCCUCAUAUCCCCUGAAAGACAGAUUGGGCACUUGGAAGAACUCGGGAACGAAUUCGUCCUAGCGCUAUUCUCAAUUUCGUACAUGUGGUAUCCUGGCUUGGGAUGCAUUCUUACCAUAGUUUUCGGACUCUUGUUCAGUCUCAUGAUAGGAAGUUGUAACAAUUUCCCACGCGUAUGCCCUGAUCAUUUAAGUCCUCCGAUGCUCUGGUUGUGGGUGAAAUUAUUUCCGUCCCACGUCUUGAAAUGGAUUGACAUUGAGAUUGACGACUUUCCGAUGAUUUCCGCACUUUCGUUGCAUAGCGCAACAUUAAGUCUCCGAAGUAGUGAUUUCAGUUUCAGAAAGGACAAUUUCAGAAAGGAGUCUGUCUGCGAUAUGAAAUUGAAACGGAUAGCAAUUUUGCCUCGUCAAAUUCAAUUUCCGCAUCCACGACAAACACAUGUUCCCAGUUUUGGAACUUCAACUGCGACAGAUUCACUUUCUUAAGAACUGAUUUCGUACUUAUGUAGUUGACAACGAGGUGAGGUUAUGUUUUAGGAUUCCGAGUACAUAUUUCAGCGAUGGGCGCAAAAAAGUCCGGUACAUAUUUAGAAAAUAUGUAUUGUUUCACGGUACAAAACUGAUCAGCCCAAGUAUUUCUAGUCGUCUAUAAAAAUAAUUUCAGGGAAAAAUAAUGUACCAAACUAUUUAUGGAAAUAUUUAUUUGUUCAGUUCAAACGUUACGUGGAGAAUUUAUUCUUUUUGUAAUUACCUAUUUCUAGAUAUUUGCCUCUUUAUUAGCUAAAACAAUCUAGUUAAAUUAAUUGUAUAACACAAAGUGUUCAAUUAAAAUCAAAAUCGUUUACACAAA